UAAGAAUUGACAAAGUUGUUCUUUAGUUUCUCAAGACUGAACUUUGAAACAUAGUAGAUCUAGCUGCUCUCAAGAAGCUACAAGUCGGAGGAGAAUGGUCACAGACUAAAAGGUUAAGAGAUGCCUGUAAGCCUAAGGAAAGAAAUAUCUGAAGAAGAAUUCCAUAGAAAUUUUUCCAGUACAAAAGCAUCCCACCAAACUUUGCUCUGCUUUGGUCUGAAAGAAGAAGACAAAACACUUUGGAAAUUAUGGGGCCAUGCUUAUAAUAACCCAGGCCAAUGUCAUGCUGAAAUCCUAGUUUUAAGGGAAAUUGAGAACUAUCUGAUGACAAAUAUACCCAAUGCUGCAAAGUACAGUAUUACAUGGUUUCUUUCCUAUAGUCCCUGCCACUCAUGUUGUGAUAAAAUAAUCAAUUUUUUCAUGAACUCUCAAACUAAAAUUGAAUUUAACAUCAAAGCAGCAAAGCCAUAUCAAUUCAGUAAUGAUCAGAAUCCAAAAGGCAUAAAAAUGCUCAAUAAACUAGGAAUUCUAUUCAAGAUGAUGGAAUAUAGUGACUUUGAAGAAUGUUUCUACUUAUUUGUGGAUCCUUGCACCAAGUUCACUGCAUGGCCAGACCUAGAAGCGCAAAGUAUAGCAAAUAUAACUUUAUUGCAUCAUCUAUUGGGCCAGGAGGACAACAGAUUAGAUAUCCAUUUAUUUCCACCUGAUGAUUGUACUCCAGUUCAUGCUAGAUCAGCAUCUCAUUUUGAAGAUCAAGUACUGGUUGACAAGAUUCCACCAGAAGAUCCUAACAAGACACCAUAUAAGAAAGAUGAGUUUUUAGACAUAAAAGCUCCACAGAAAACGUGUUUUCUGUCAAGAACAAGAGAACAUGGGAAAGAUGUCAAAAGGAAACUCUUUUGAAACAAAUGGAGCUACAAUCUUUUUUUUUUUAUUUUCCCCAAACACUAUAAAUGUAUCACUUAAUGUUUUUAAUAUUUUUAAUCAGUUUUAUACUCUAUUUGUAACUAUAUUGUUUCCUCACUUGGUUGGUUAUAUUUAAUGAUUUAGUUUGAAAUUGUGGCAAUCAAGAGGAUUACGGGAUUCCCUAACUUUGAAAUACACUUUGAUCAAGUUUUCUCAUCCAACUUAUCAUACUCCAACUACUCAUCCUGCCUAAUCUUGGAAAUGUUCCUUUCUUCUUUUUAUCCUAGAUAAAUCAAUUAUGUAGAAAAAGAUAUAUACACAUAUAUAUCAUAUCAUAUUAUAUAUAAAAUAGAAUUUUAAAACACUUUGUAAAUCUUAAUGCAUUAUGUUAUCCAAUAAAAAUAAUUCUAAUAAUUAAUUCUAA